AUGGCACUGUUCAAUGUCAGUCACCCUGCCUCCUUUCUCCUGACUGGUAUCCCUGGUCUGGAGAGCCUCCACCCCUGGCUGGCAGGGCCCCUUUGUGUGAUGUAUGCCGUGGCCCUCGGAGCAAAUACUGUGAUCCUGCAGGCUGUGCGAGUGGAACCCAUCCUCCAUGCUCCCAUGUACUACUUCCUGUCCAUGUUGUCUUUCAGUGAUGUGGCCAUGUCCAUGGCCACACUGCCCACUGUGCUCAGAACUUUCUGCUUUGAUGCCCGCAGCAUUGCUUUUGAGGCCUGUCUAAUCCAGAUGUUCCUCAUUCAUUCUUUCUCGAUGAUGGAGUCAGGGAUUCUGCUGGCUAUGAGUUUUGACCGCUAUGUGGCCAUAUGCGAUCCCUUGCAUUAUGCCACUGUCCUCACCAAUGAAUUCAUUUCUGGGGUGGGCUUAGCUGUGACUGCUCGAAGCUUCAUCACCCUUUUCCCUCUGCCCUUCCUCAUCAAGAGGCUACCUAUCUGCAGAUCCAAUGUUCUUUCCCACUCCUACUGCCUGCACCCAGACAUGAUGAAGCUUGCCUGUGCUGACAUCACCAUCAACAGUAUUUAUGGACUCUUUGUUCUUGUGUCUACCUUUGGCAUGGACCUGCUGUUUAUUUUCCUCUCCUAUGUGCUCAUUCUGCGUUCUGUUAUGGCCAUUGCUUCUCAUGAGGAACGCCUCAGAGCUCUCAACACAUGUGUGUCACAUAUCUUGGCUGUGCUUGCAUUUUAUGUGCCAAUGAUAGGGAGUGCCAAGACAAAGGAGAUCCGCCGUGCCAUAUUCCGCAUGUUUCGCCGUAUCAAACUGUGA